AUCGCAAUUACUACGCGCACUUUGCUCACUUACUACUUGAGCAAAGCGCGUCCUAGACCUUCGCCGAGUCGUCCUUCAUUUUGUCAUUCCGGGUCACUAGGAGUUAGCUCACAUAGACGUCAGUACCAGCCCAUAAGUGGCCGAAUUUUGCACUCCUGGCUUCAGUUAGCGACAAGCCUUGUUAGCAAGACUUGCACUUCUGUGCUUUCUCUUCUUGGACAACCUGAAUCUAUUUUGCUGGCCCGUCCACAUCUGCCCUCUUUCGUCCCUACUGCAGUCGUCACUGGAACUGGGUCUAAAUCGACUAAUAUUUCUAGUAAUACAAUCGCCAUCACUACAUCGGCAGUAAGUACCACAUCCUCAAUGGCUACUAGUGGGGCAUUAUCUACCACAGCUUCGGCUUCAGGCCAGGAGAUUCAGCGUUCUGGCUCGAUGGGACUAGUCCCAAUGUCGGGAGGCCAGCGAAGACGAAGACCAUUACCUACGUUCCUAGAGUCAGGUAGAUCUGGUAAGAAAAGAUAA